AUUUUUUUUCUUUCAACUUUAGCUAACGCUGCUUCUUUCAACAAGAGAAGUGUCUCUGCUCAAGUUCAACUCUGUGUCAAUGACAUUGUCUCUGUUUCUGAGCAACUUGCUGUUGUAAAGGCUGAUGUUGAUGCUUUCACUAGAGCUGGUGGUUAUCCUGCUGCUCUUGCUGUCCACAAUAAAGAACAACAGCUUGAAACUCGUCUCAAGAAGGCCGGUACUGACUGUUGUGCAAUUGCUAGUACAUUCAAUACUGAAGAAGCUGAUGCUGUUCUUGCCGUUAUCAGCAAUCUUGUUCCUGAUGUAACUGCCUCUUUGACAUCUAUUGUUAACAAGAAGCCCGAAUUUGAUGCCAUCCUUUUGGCUACAGUUCUUGUCAAAGGUGACAUCAAGAACUUGGAUACUCAAACCAAGACAUUGGAUACUUGUCUUAUCGCCAAGACUCCCUCUACUCAUAUUGAUCAAGCCAACGCUUAUGUUGCUGACAUCAAUAAUGCCUUCAGUAGUGCAAAGACUGCUUAUGGUAUUUAA